GCUUCGAAGGUGACUGUCCCUGUGACCGGCCUCCAACAAACCCCAGCCUGCUUGCCGAUGUCUGUCACGGAUGCAUCCUUUGAGCAAUCAUGUGGUCAUAUUGGUACCACCGCCAAAGAGCAGUGGAUGCAGUUGCCAUCAGCCUUACGGCGCGAUCUGGGUAGCGAAUUUUGCCUGCCUGACCCUGAGUUCCUGUACAAUGUUUGCCUGGAUGACUUGGACCGACAUUCCCUCGUGUCCCACUAUGCAUCGGAUGCUGCCGAACUUGAAUUUUUCACAUCAAUCUUGAAGACUUUGCAGGUUCAGUCUUCUGCUGCUGCUAGCUUGUGUCGAAAGCGGCGUGCUGCAGCGCACCCUUCUUUGCAAUGGCUUGCUGUUUGUAAACAGCCGCGCAUGGUCGAAACUGUCGUGCCGCCAGUAGAUUCCUUGGAGUGGCUUUGUCAUCAUUCUGGUGCUCACAAGCGUGCUCGGAUUCGUGUGCCCAAAAAUUGCCCUAACAGCCGAGCAGAUGCUGAGUUGUCUUCUCAGCUGCGUUGGCAGCGCAAGUUGGCUACUAUUUUGAUAGAUUCUUGCGCGCCUGCUUUAUCCGGAGCGACUGGGCAGACUGGUGAGCUGCGAGCUUUGCGUUUGGCUGGCAACACCCGCAGCAGCACCUUAAAGAAGCAUAUCCAGAUGUGGCACCGAUAUAGCAAGUGGCUGCAUGCAGCCUACCAGCUGCAGUGGCUGACCACUUGUGACAUGGUACUUGACUUUCUUGAGGAACUUGCUGCUCAGCCGUGUGGCAAAACUGUUCCGGAAGCAUUUUGCGCCACGCUGCAAUUCAUGGAAAGAGUGGCUGGUAUCGCCUUGGAAUUUCGUUUAGGGAAGCAAACGGCAGUCCUGCGUACAGUUGAGCAAUUGUCCGCGCAGUUGGAAACCGGUGCGCCCCCAUCUAGGAAGGCCAGACCACAACCUUUGAUUCUAAUCCUGGCUUUGGAACUCUGGGUUAUGAACAUCAGCGCUGCUCGCUACACACGUGCUUUUGCAUGGGCAAAGCUUGUUAAAUUUUGGUCUUCUUCUCGCAGCGACGAUUUGUUGGGUCUGGUCCCGCAGUUGACGGUAUUGAUUGUCUUGACGGCGUCCAGUAUGAUGCAGCUUGCAAACAUUGCUGGCCCCGUGGACAGAAGCCAGGCUGCAUCACCUGACUUGAAGUACCACUUGUCUGAGGUGAAAGUCCCUGUGGAGGUGCAAGCCGCUUUGUUCCACAAAGGCUUUGUGGAUUUGCAGCUUUUUGCCGGGCUGGAUGAAUCCCGCUUGGAAGUGCGCAAUGCUCUUGCUGUUGAAAUUGGCUUAAAGCACGACGAGUGCACCGAUGCCCGCCAAAAUGUUGCCCGGCUAUUAUCUGCAUGGGAAUCUUCUCGUGCGCAGCUGGUGGCUGAGGACAAGAUGAAGGCUGAAAGCAAGCUCGGCCAAACGCCUCGGAUUGUGCAGUGCUCCGAGAUGGCAGCUUUGCGCAAAGCGGUGGAGGCUGAUCUUGGCAAGUUACAGGACGAUGAGGUCCCUGCCAAGUCUCUGAUUGCCACCAAGUUGGAACAGAUUGAAUCUGGCGACCUACGUGCCGAAGACUUACGUGAGGUCCUUUGCGUGGAAGACACAGAUGUUGAUCUCUUUAGUGGCAUCAUUGAGCAUGGCACCGGCAAUCUCAAGAUCAAGCCGGGGAAGGCGAGCAUUGCUAUGCCAUCAACUCCAGAAGAGUUGAGGCUACGACAUCGCCGCAUUGGCAUUGCAUGGCUGAUGGUGGGGUCCAAGCACAAGAACCAAUCCUGGAUCACGCCUGCCUUGUUGGAAGCGUUUCGCCGUUUUUCUGACCAUAUUGUGGGCAGGCACAUUGCAGGUUUUCCGAUCAUGGCCCAGGGAGUGACAAGGCACCCAGCUUGGAAUUUGGUGUUAUCUUAUGAGCUAGAAGUACGCAAAAGGGCUUACAAGCAGCUGCGCGAUGGCAAGCAUUCAUCUUUGCAAGAAGCUUUGGAAGAUGCGUGGAAUUCUGCUGAGCUGAUCAACAAGCAUUUUUUGGUUCCUCUGACUGCAUCUGCUGACUUCUUCAGCACGGCCAGUCACGGUGAGGUGUUUACUGCCCAUGGCAAAGGUGCGCAAUGCUUUGCAGGUCUGCAGACAGUGUUGGACAAGCACACGGACGGGCGUAGACUUCUUUUUGAGUUGGCUUGCAAAAAACAUGUGGACCAGCCUUUCCCUGCAGCACUGGUGAAAGAAGCUAGGGAGGCUGUCAAAGGCAUUCUGAGAAAACAUGGUGCGCAGCUUGAUUUAGAUGCAAUUCCAGAGCGACAGCCUUUCCAUCUUGCUUUGCUUGAAGAGUUUCUGCGUCUCUGCAACGAUCCUGAUGCUUCAGCGUAUUUUUCAGGCAAGGAUUCAUUUGCUGCGGGCGUGUCCUUAGGUGUGAAUCAGAAGAUGCCGCGAACUCCAGCUGUUUUCGAGAAAAAAUGCAAAUGGCGUGCCUAUGACGGGGAAACUACAGCAGCGGAUGUUUUCCGGAACAACUAUCCUGGCGCGGCAGAAAAUGCAAAGGCGAUUGAAGCACAAUUCGUAGAAGAAGCCAAGUUAGGUGAUUUGCGGCAGGUGCUACAGGUGCUGGAGAAGCCGACUUUUGUUUUGACAGCAGACAUCAAGCGCGCGCACAGGCUUGUGAAGAUCAAGCCAGAAGACUGGGGGCUGCAAGCAUGUAGGACAGACGAAUCUUCUUCAUUUGUCUGGCUGAAUACUGUAGGCACUUUUGGCGUUGCGUCAGCUGCAGUACAUUGGUCGCAUCUUUUCAGUGGAAUACAGCGGGCGGUGUACUAUUUAACUGGUACUUUGAAGCUGUUUCUCCUCACCUAUGUUGAUGAUUUGCUGUUCAUUACACAAGGGAAAGCUGCAACGGAUGCAAUUGUAGUUGCUCUUCUGUUUAUGGUAGUCUUGGGCGUUCCCCUCAGCUGGCAUAAGUGCAAGGGGGGCACACAGGUCGAAUGGGUAGGCUACUACGUGGAUCUGGAACAGAAGUCUGUUGGUAUUAGUGAAAAACGUGCAGAUUGGAUUUGCAACUGGGUUGAGACAACUGUGGCAGCAGGCGUGGUGAAAUUGCAUGACUUUUCUGCAGUGCUAGGUCGGCUUUCUUUUGCAAUGGCGGCAAUUGAGCACCUCAGGCCUUUUCUGGGGCCACUGUACGCAUGGUCUGCAGCCCUGGAAAACGUGGUUCAUGCUCGCUUGCCUAAAGCUGUUAUCUACAUCUUGCGUUUCAUUGAACAUAUGCUGAAACAUGGAUGGCGUACUCGCCCAGUGGGACCUCUGCAAGAAGCUCGUAGGGAAUUAUUCAGGGCAGAUGCAAAAGCCGAAGGUGAAGUGAUUUGCAUCGGUGGCUGGGCAAUUGAGGACGGUCCGGAUACAAAAUCAUGUAGAUGGUUCAGUGAAAGGUUGACGCGGUCAAAUGCACCUUGGGCUUUCUUGGCUGGGGAAUCUUUCCGAGCCAUUGCAUCACUGGAAUUGUUUGCCACCUUAGUGAGCCUGGUCCUCUUCAAGCCUGCGUGCUACAAAGGUUCAAUGAAAAUUUCAGCUGGAACUGAUAACUUGGGAAAUACACAUCUCAUCGCUCGGUUGAUGAGCACCAAAUUCCCAUUGUGCGCUAUUUUGAUGGAAGUGGCGGCAGUUCUCAUGGACGGCAAUCAUGAUCUGCAGUUGGAAUGGCUUCCUCGUCUCCAAAACCAGGAGGCAGACAAUCUCACAAAUGAGAUUUUUCACGGUUUCAGUGAGGAUCGCAGGCUGCGAUUUCGUAUGGAGGAGUAUGAAGGUUUAGUCUUACAGGCAAUGUUGAAUUUGUGCAUGGAAUUGUACGAGGACGUGCGGAAAGCACGUGACCGCAAGGUGAGCCAGACCAAGCGGGUGAAGACUGGC